AUGACAACAGGGAAGCCCCCGGCGGAGCUGAUGUUGAAGAGAGAAUUGCGAACUAGACUAACUCUUUUACGAACUAAAACAGGGAACAACAUCCGAGAUCUGCAGACUGAUCAAUAUGAAGAUGCCACCUUUCGAGCAAGAGACCUCGAACCAGGAUCAACUUUACGUGUCUGGAAUCCGAGAAAGGACAGUAGAGGGAAGUGGUUAGGUGUUACCAUAGUUCAGAAACUGGGUCCCACGAACUACUUGUUUAAUGUCGGAGGAAGUACUAGAUAUGUACAUGUGGACCAACUAAGAUCCAGAGAUGAGAGGAGUAUGCCAAAAGUGGCAGAGACAGAAGAAACACCAAUUUCAGUGGCCCUGGAUCAAGACACACAGCGAGAUAAAGCAGCAGUUGAAGGAACACCACAGCUUAACUAG